AUGUUGCAGAAUCAAGCCAUACACAAGAAAGACGAGGUCAUGGUUUUAAUUUUUAAAGUAGAGGCAGAGGAAGUUUCAGAGGUAGAGGUCGUGGAAAUUACAACCAAGGAAGUUAUAAUAACUUUACACCACCUAAUCAAGGAAAAGGUGAAACAAAUUUCACGUCUGUUAACCAAGGAAGAGGUUGAAGCAAUUUUUAUAUAUCAAGAAAGAACCAAUUUCAACUACUUUUAUUGUGAAAAAUAUGGACACAAAGUAGCAGGUUGCAGAUUCAAAAUGGUGAAUAACAAUCAAGCACAUAUUACAGAAAAUCAGCAUCAAACUAUUAAUGUUAAUCCGGGUACUCAAACUUUAUUUGUUACAAGUAAUUCAUGUGCUGAAGAUGAAAAUAUAUGGUGCUUGGAUAAUGCCUGUAGUAAUCAUAUGUCUGAUAGAAAGGAGUUAUUUUCUUCACUAGAUGAUUCAGUUAAAUUAUUAUUGAAGUUUGGUAAUAGUACAAAGAUUCCUAUUGAAGGAAAAGGGCACAUACCAAUUAGAUUGAAAGAUAGUUCUUUGAGUUAUAUUUCUGAUAUUUUUUAUACUUUUGAACUUGAUUACAAUUCACUGAGUAUGGGACAAUUAUCUGAGAAGGGAUACAAGAUGAUAACUUAUCGUGGAUACUACACUGUUUGA